CCAGCGGCUCUUUCUGUAAAGACACGCAAUUUAACGGGUCACACUUUCCGCUGUAACACCUGCUCCAACCGACGGAGGACGUAAACACUCGGAAGUGUGAGGGGUGUUUCCAGCUGAUCUGCACAACAGAAGGACCAGAGUCUCCCUCAGCAGCCCGACAUACCUGUUCCUUUCUCCGGCACCUCGGCAGAGCAGACCGGUCCCUGCUGCAGGUGUGCACCGCCACAUCAUACGGAUCUUACUCGGGUUAAUCUGAGGACGAACCGGGGGGAUCCUCGGUGUCCCCCACCCCUGUCUCCCUCCUUCCCUGCUCCUCUGCUUCUCUCUUAGCCGUGUGUUAGCUACCGUGAACCGGUGCCGUCGGUAGCAGUUAGCCCGGACUGUCAUGAUCCCAGCGCGGAGAUGGCGUCCUUCCCCGGUUUGUGUAAGGCUGUCGGGCCAGCGGAGGAGGAGAACGGAGAGCUGGACGGCUCUCUGCAGCAGAUGCUGAAGGCCAUCGCCGACGAGAGGAACCGACUCAACAUCCGACAGGAGAUCAGCGGACUCGGUUGUUUUAAGGAUGACCGCAUUGUGUUUUGGACCUGGAUGUUCUCCACGUACUUCAUGGAGAAGUUUGCUCCUCGACAGGACGACAUGCUGUUCUACGUCCGCAGGAAGCUCGCCUACGUCAGCGCCGACAACACCGAGGGCAAAAAGGUGGAGGUGGAGGUUUACAGGAGAGACUCCAAGAAGCUGCCGGGCCUUGGUGACCCUGACAUUGACUGGGAAGAGAGCGUCUACCUGAACCUCAUCCUGCAGAAGUUGGAUUACGUGGUGACGUGUGCUGUGUGCACGCGCUCAGACGCAGGAGAUAUCCACAUCCACAAGAAGAAGUGUCAGGAAGUAUUUGCAUCUCCCAGCAAACACGCCAUGGACAGCAAAGGAGAGGAGUCCAAGAUGAGCUACCCGAACAUCUUCUUCAUGAUCGAUAACUUUGAGGAGGUGUUCAGUGACAUGACGGUGGGCGAGGGCGAGAUGGUGUGUGUGGAGCUGGUGGCGAGUGACAAGAGCAACACCUUCCAGGGCGUCAUCUUCCAGGGCUCCAUCCGCUACGAGGCCCUGAAGAAGGUCUACGACAACCGGGUGAGCGUUGCUGCUAAGAUGGCCCAGCGGAUGUCUUUCGGCUUCUACAAGUACAACAACAUGGAGUUUGUGCGGAUGAAGGGUCCGCAGGGCAAAGGUCACGCUGAGAUGGCCGUCAGCCGGGUGCCGACCGGUGACACCUCCCCAUGCGGCACCGAGGAGGACCAGGUGUCGCCCAUGCACGAGAGGGUGACGUCCUUCAGCACACCUCCGACCCCGGAGAGGAACCGUCCCUCCUUCUUCUCUCCGUCUCUGAGACGCAAAGUGCCCCGAAACCGAAUCGCAGAGAUGAAGAAGUCUCACUCCGCCAACGACAGCGAGGAGUUCUUCAGGGAGGAAGAAGACGAAGAUCUUCACACCACUUCCAACCUGCGCUCUCGCUCUCUGUCGGGGACCGGUCGCUCUCUGGUCGGCUCCUGGCUCAAACUCAACCGGACUGAAGACUACUUCCUGCUCUACUCACACCUGACCUACGUCACCCUGCCGCUGCACCGCAUCACCACAGACAUCCUGGAGGUGAGGCAGAAGCCCAUCCUGAUGACAUAGCAGGGCUGGACUCACUCAGAGCAUCACUACCAAGUGCCUCCUGCAUCAGGCCACUGAGACCACAGCAGCGCCCCCCGGUGUCCAGACCGAGACCAACAACCAAACACCUGCUUCACCCGGAGAGACCAGUCAGAGGAGACCACGACAAACCAGCCAUUCAGGAAGUGCCUCUUCUUCUUUUCAGUUCCUGCUGUGUCCGAGGUCGUCUCCACGGAAACGGGCCCGGCGUCGGGAUAUCAUAUGACCUCAGUGUGAAGAGGCAUUGGCUGAACUCUGACCAGGAAGUGAAGAAUGUGUGUUUUCUUGUAAAUAUCCUGCUGCUUUACUCACUGAGACGCCUCGACUUAAAGGUUCUGCUUUUAAUGACACGUUCUGUUUCUGUUCCACCGUUGUGGUUUUCUUUUUGUUUUUAAUAUUAUCUACGACGACAGGAGGUGAGAGGGACUGAAAUGUUUGUGUCUGAGAGGAAACUAAAAGAGUGGACGGCUUCAGUCCUGUAACCAGACGUAGUGUCGGCUCUGUUUGAGGUCACAGCGGGGUCAAAUCAUUGCUUCAUUUAUUAAGACAGGUCAAAAUAUAAAAAACAAAUGAUCAUCACAGCUUUGACUUCAUGUCGAUUAAAUGUUCCGAACGUGUUCAACGAGAAGAAGCACACCUGAGAACCCGUUACCAGCAAACAUUUAACUUGUAAUGAUUAUUUAAAUGUUUCAUAGUUUUCAUUUGCUCAGCUUAAUUAAUAGUCAAAUAGGUAAAUCAGUCAAUCAUUAACUGGAUUUAAUCGCCCCGCCAACACGUUAAAGUUCACAGUAACAAUAAGCAGAAUACGAUGUGAUUAUAAUUACUUAAAUAAAGAAAAUAAAUCAAAUUAAAACUUGGUUAUUUCACUGGAAAAAUGACCUGAUUGAUGAUAAACUAAAAUAACUCACAUUAUCAGAAUAAAAUCAUAAUUCUUAAAAUAAAUUUAUUCUUAUAAUCAAACUUAUUUUUCGUAGAAAACUGUGACUUUACUCCAGAGAGUUAUUCAGAGUUUUUUAAUCAUUAAAUUACAACCAAUUUCCCUCCAAAUUUUCCAGUUCAUCUUCGUCUUAAAUGAUAAAUUGAUGAUUUCCUGUCACUCAGCGAACUGAUAAACAGGGUUCCUGCACAUUUAGCAUUUCAAAGUUCAAAUUUACAGACUUCGAUUUUUAAACCAUAUUUGUCAGAAAAAUAAGUGUUCCCCUAAUAUAUUUUACAAACGCCAUGAAAAACACUCUGCUUGUGUCAUCAGUUUAUUUUUAAAAAAUUCUGAAUUUCAGAUUUUAGAAAACAGAGUUGGGGCAGUAGUCUGGAAACACAAAGAUUUUUCCAGACUCUUUUCACUUUUCCAAAUGUGUUCAGACCUGGAAAGUCACUUACUAAAAUCAAAUCCCAUACUGUGAAGGAACCCUGGAUGAAUCAGCUGAUCGUAUCGUCCUGACUGGGUGUUAAAUUUGACUAAAACACGACCCGUCUGUCACAUCUGUCGCUGUGAACUCGACUUUAUAACCUCCCCGAAGACCACCAGCAACAGUUCGCUGCCGUAUACAACAAUUAACUGUAAUGAAAUUAUAAAUAUAAUUAAUAAAAUCUAAAAAUCUUAUAUUUAAAAUGACUUAAUACAUUGACUAUUUAAAAGUUCACUGUCUUUUGUUUUGCUAACUAAUCAGAUAAUAAUUUCAGCACCGAGUGUGUGAUGUCAUUACUCCUAAUAGCGUGUAAAUCAGAUCUUUGACCUCACCACAGUUUCAAACUUGUACAGCAACAAAUUAUUAUUACUGUUAUUACGCAAAGUGCAAAUAUAAAAAUAUACUGAGAUGUCAGAGAGAAAAAAUAAAGGUGUGCAGACAGUUUACUAAUUUGAUUUUACAACACGUUUGGGAUCAGUGAGACGCUCCAGAAAUGAUUUUACAGUCUAAAAUAUGUCGUACGCAUGGAUCUCAAAGACAACACAACCUGAAGUAGCUGCACAUGCUGGCGUUUCAGCCCACAGUCAAACUGAUUAAAGGAAUAAUCCAUUCCCCAAAUGACUGUAUGUAUAUCAGUAACUCUCCCUGUGUUACGCUGAAUUCACAAAGAAAAUUUUCUUUUUCUCUCAUGCCUCCACGGUGAACGAAGAAUCCAAAAACAGAGAAAAUUCUUGAUGAAUUGAAGCCAUAGGGGUCCACGUUUAACAACAGCAGAACUACAUCAAAACAUCCAUUUACAAACUCUAACACAGCUCGUGAGUUGUAACCCAAGUCUCAUUUAUCCAGUCGUAUGAUCAGUACUUCCAAACACAUGCAUUUCCAUUAAACCUCACUAUUUAACUCUUUGACACCUGAGCAAAUUGGCUUGAUUUCUUUCAAACACGUGGCAAGACAGCCAUGAGCAGUGGAGGAAGAAAUGACCCAAAGAAUUUGCAAGAAAUUAGUAAAAAGAGAAAAUUGAAAACAAUAAAAUGAGCCUUAAAAAAUAUAUAUUUGUUUUAUAAUUUUAAAUAUGUAAUAAUUACAAAAAAAAUGUCUUUUUUCCCCUAUAUUUUAAAAAUAAUUUUCUAAAUCUUUUUUUUUUUUUUUUUUGCAGUUUGUGGGACGUGUCGUACCAAGUUGCUCAUUGCCUUUUUUUUUUUUUUUAUGAUGACACUGCACGAGAUGUUUUAGGAGAGUUUUGCUGUUGCUAAACGUGGACCCCUAUGACUUCUACUCAUCAAGAAUUAUCUCUGUUUUUGGAUUCUUCGUUCAUCAUGGAGGCGUUCGACAAAGACAAAGUGCUCUUGACAGAUUAAAUUGACCACAGGGAGAGUUACUGCGACACAGAUGAUCAUUUGAGGGGUGAAAUAUUCCUUUAUAUGAUCCACAGUGAAAAUGAGACGAGACAAGAUGGAUGACGUUCAGUAAUGAGAGCAUAAAUCAGUGUUGUUUUACUCCAUGACACCUUCCGGGUGAUAUUAAAAUCUAUAACUAGCUGAGUUUUAAAUUAGGGGCAGUCUGAUCGAAGAUAACAAGACUGAAUCCUGGAAAUGAUUUAAUCUAAGUCAGGUGUGUUCAGCAGUUUAAUACCAGACUUAUAAGUUAUUAUUUUCAGCGAGUCUGUUUUUUGAUUUAAAACCAUCGAACACAAACUCCAGACGGACCCCGAGCCGACGGACACAACAUCUGUAUUUCAUUAAAGCAGCUGUGUGAUGAUAAAAACUGUCGUCGACUUCCACAGAGUUAAAAAGAACAAGAAGAAGAAUCACAGGAUCCCAGCUUUGACUUUUUACUUUUCUUUAAAACUGCAACUGCGACUCACAAACUGGAAGUGACUUGAAAACCUCAUGAAGAAACAACAGACGAUUUUAAAGGGAAACUGGAGUAAAAACCGAAGGAAGCGUCCUGACGGGAUCCAGAUGUGUUUUCAGUUUGUUGAUGUUGAAGUUUUUUCUCCCUCUGUGCUCCUGAAGCCUUAAAAUCUGACUGUAUGUAACUUUAAUGUUUCUUCUUUCACGUCAUGUAAAACAUUUUAAACAACCAGCUGAGGCUUCCAGACAUCAGUCUUUAAAUCUGCGGAGACGUCGGAGAGUUUGUGAGAGCGGAGACACCGAAAUCAGUCGACAUUAUCAGAGCUGGGGCUGAAAAAUAAUCAUCCGUAAAAUAUCAGAUAAAGACAGACGUCCGUCACAAGUUCCCUCAGUUUGGAGUCAUUAAAUAUUCAAUUUAAAUACCUUUUUAAAGAUUAAUCAGUCAUUUGUUUGUCUGCUUAAUAAACGAGUGAAUUAAUUUAAUACAGACAGUUUGAUUAAUCACUUCAACUGAAGGAAAAUUGAUGAACAUCAAUCAUGAAUGAAUGUUGAUAAUCUUUGAUUCUUAAAUGUAAUAUUAAAAAAACAAUAAUAAAAUUGCUGUAACAAUUUAGAAUAUUAAAAUUACUUGAAAAUGUAAUAAAGCUAAACCUUAAGAUUUUGAUGUUAAGGAAGUAAUGUUUUGAGAGAAAAAAAUCAGAAUUUGGAAAGAUUAAAGUUGUGAUUAUUAGGAAGAACUAAUAAUAUCCUAAAACAAAGAAUUUAUCAUGUUGAUUAUUGAAUGAAUAUUAUUAACAAAAUUUUAAGUAAGUAAAAAGAAAGUAACGUUGUUGUAAUAAUGUGGCAAAGGAAUUAUAAAAGCACUCAAUAUUAUGAGGAUUAAAUAUCAAUUGGACUUACACAUGACUUUUUAUUGUUAAAAAAAAAAAAUCCACUUUUUCCCCAAAAUAUUAUGAUUCCAUCAAUAAAUUUUACUCAAAUUUUGUGCUAAGAAAAAAACCCUCAAAAUUUUACAUAUUUUUCUCCCCAAAUUCUGCCUUUUUGGAAAAUUGCGACUCUUUUCUUAAAAUUUAAAAAUCUAAAUUAAAAAAUAAAAAUAAAAAAUACUUUGGGAACUUGUGAUGAGCUUUUUCACUAUUUUUGGACAUUUUAAAAAACAUUUUUUAGAGAAAUCAAUCAGUCGUUUAAAGCUUGUGAUAAAAAUAAUUGUAAGCUGCAACCCUGGUUUUGUUACUUAAUAAAUUAUUGAAUUAUUCUUUAAUCAUUACGGCUGAAUAUUGUCACAGAAUUCCCCGUUUGAUUCGAUUUCAAUUGAGGAACUUUUAUGCAAUAAUUCUUACAGAUACUAAAAUUGCAUAUCGUCAGUAUUUGUCCAGGUAAUUAAUGUAAAAAACGGAACCAUAACAUAUCUAAAGAUUUGUCUUGUUUUUCUAAAUUAUUACCUCAGAAUUAUGAGAAAAGUUUUAAGAAAAAAAAAUUCUGCUUAUUUUUCUGAAUUAAAGACAUUUUAAUUUUCAGAAAAACAAAGCAGGAUUAUAUUACAAGUUAGCAACAUACAAAUAUCUCGAAAUGCAAAAUUGCUGUAAAUAAAUUUGAAAUUUAUGGGUCAAGAAAAAUAAAACUGAACCAUGAAUAAUACACCAGAACAUUUACGUAAAGCUUCAGGACGGCAACUAAUAAUUAGAUCUAUUAAAUAUUACUCUGAUUGUUUCACCAGUUAUUCAUUACGUUUUUACAAAUGUCUGAAAGUAGUGAAAACCUCAAAGUAAGGCGGAGUCAUAGAUCCACUGUCCAGGACAAAAUAUCUACAAUUUCGAUAUUGAUUUAUAGAAAUAAAAGUUGUGAUCAAUCAGAAAAUGAUUUUCAGACAGCUCUGAUUUUGUUGAAGAUUUUGUCGUCUGGUGUUUUCACGAUUUAACGGUGAGACUCGACGUCUGAGGAGAAGCUGAAGGAUCACGGGAGGAGUUCAGACAGCUGUUGUUGUUGUUGUUAUUGAUCAGUUAUUAUCAGUGAUUGAUUUGCACUCAGAGACGAAGCCAUCCUCGAUCAAAGUGUUUUUUCUCUGUGUCGUAUUUAACAGUGAAAUAUUCCACAGGGCACUUUUUCCUGUCAGUGAGGCGACCUACUCGUCUCCUCAGUGUUAUUGACGAUGAUGAAGAUGAUGAUGAUGUAGUUUAUAGUUUCUCCAGCUGAAUGUAUCCACGCUGAUCAAUAGCAAAGACUGCUUUAACUGAGAAACGUUUGAUAUGAGCAAGACGACAGUUUGCACUGUAAAACGCUUUUAGAACCUUUUUGAAACGUUUGUUAAAAACUUUUCGUUGUUCCUUUAACGCUCAUCAUGGCUUUUGUACACGGACACAGUUAAUGUGCAUGUUUCCAUCUCACCUCUGUUGCUUAGUUUCCAAACGUAUGUACAUUUUACUGUAUUUAUUUAUUGAAAUACACAUUACCAGAAAAACUGA